CUGUGAGUUGUGUGUUGAUUUUCGACGUAGGGUCCCUGAGCCUCUUCCUGAGCCCUUUCCCGUACGACCGUGGGUGAUUGCGGCCACACAGUCGUCCGCACGUGAGAUUUAUCUCAAGCCAUCGCCUAAACAAUGAAUGAGAGCUUACAGCUGCGUGGGACCCUGGUGGGCCACAAUGGCUGGGUCACACAGAUCGCCACCAACAGGAAUUUCCCUGACAUGAUCCUGUCCGCUUCCAGGGACAAAUCUCUGAUUCUGUGGAAGCUGACCCGUGAGGAGAACAACUAUGGUGUUCCCCAGAAACGUCUUCAUGGCCACUCCCACUUCAUCACUGAUGUCGUUCUUUCUCUGGAUGGUCACUUCGCCCUCUCUGGAUCAUGGGACAAGACCCUUCGUCUGUGGGAUCUUGCAGCUGGCAAGACCACCCGUCGCUUUGAGGACCACACAAAGGAUGUGCUCUCCGUUGCUUUCAGUGCUGAUAACCGUCAGAUUGUGUCUGGCUCCCGUGACAAAACCAUUAAGCUGUGGAACACACUUGCCCAGUGCAAAUACACAAUCCAGGAGGAUGGUCACUCUGACUGGGUGUCCUGCGUAAGGUUCUCUCCCUCCAACAGCAACCCCAUCAUUGUAUCAUGUGGAUGGGACAAGGCUGUCAAGGUAUGGAGCCUGACCAACUGCAAGCUCAAAACCAACCACUAUGGACACACUGGUUACCUGAAUACAGUUACUGUCUCUCCUGAUGGCUCCCUUUGUGCCUCUGGUGGCAAGGAUGCUAAGGCCAUGCUUUGGGAUUUGAAUGAUGACAAGCAUCUGUACACUUUGGAUCACACUGAUAUCAUCAACUCGCUGUGCUUCAGCCCCAACCGUUAUUGGCUGUGCGCUGCUACAGGCCCAUCUAUCAAGAUCUGGGAUUUGGAAGGCAAGAAUAUGGUUGAUGAAUUGAAGCCUGACGUGAUUACCCAGAACCCUAAGGCCGAACCCCCACAGUGUCUCUCCAUGGCCUGGUCUGCAGAUGGGCAAACUCUGUUUGCUGGUUACAGUGACAGCAAGAUCCGUGUCUGGCAGGUCAGCGUUACUUCCCGUGCGUAAGGGAAUGUUCUGGAGUGCUGCAAUAAAGAUUGCUAGUUGA